AAAAGUAAGCUAAAACAAUGCUUAAAACUUGUUGAGUGCUAAUGCAGCCCGAUGCCGUUAACGAUUUAAAUUGUACACAACCAACCCUCUCUCUGGUUUGCAUUUCCAACCCCCUGAGGAUAUUCGGCGUUGUAUUGCAUACAGUCACACACAGAUGAAAAGAUGAAAGAGAUGCCAAAAUAGAGAAUCAAUUUAAAUCUCGCAAUGUCCGUCCGUUCUUUGCAUAACAGUCAAAGUGUCUGUAAAACAAGCAAUAGCCGCCGCUAAUGCGAACAAUAUCUUUUGGCCCGCCCGAGGAUCUACAAAAGUUAAAUGGCUAAGAGAGUGUCAUGUAUGUAUGAAUGCACGUACAUGAUUGAAUUAAAGUUUUUGAUCAUCAUAGCUGCCAUCAUUGUCUGACCACCAAACAAAAGUAUGCUAAUGGCCAGUAGUGAAAGAAGAGCAGCAUUCGAAAUAUUGUAAUGGUGCCGAUCAAAAGCAAUCGGUAGAGAAUGAUGGCCAUAUCCAGUCAACAAAUGACGCCAGCUUUAUCCCAAAUACCCGGCUCAUCAACCUCUCCUCCUCCGUUGAUCGACAGCUUGAAAGAGCUGCAAUCAUCUCAUCAGGCAUCUUAUAUCGUCCUAAGCAAUCGUGCCGGUGCCAGUUCAUCUUCUCCGGGGUUGCGAUAUGACAGUGCAAAUUUGAUAGUUCAGGCUAGAGGAUCAUUGGAAGAAGAUGGUGGCUUUGAUGGUUUACGACAAAUCUUAUAUACACAUCAAGACCUUCAAUUCAUCUUUCUCAAAUUUUGCUCGAAAGUCAUCUUGGUCCAACUUGUGCCCGAACAUACCUCUGCCGUACAACGUGCUCGCUUGAUGGUCUUUGGUCGUUCUUUGGCUGCCCAAAUGCCAUCCUCCAACAGUCGUGAUCAUGGGGAUUCUAAAGUGAAUGUGAUUACUAUCAAUGAUGCAAUUCAGCUUACCGAUCCGUUUCUACGUGCUCAGCUUGCAGUUGGUUCAUCAAGUGGUCCAUCUUCGUUUAUUCCUCGAUCGUUCACUCAAUCGUCCAUAUCCUCUAUGCAAGCCGGAUCAAGUAUUGGCAGUCCUUCGGCACACGGUCAUACGCCUGAUGUACCGAUAAGUGUAUCUUCGACAACGCUGCACUCUUCUCCUUUCCCGCAAAGCCAUAGCCUUUCAACGAUCGACACUUCUUCAAGUACUUCUCAUGCUACCCAUCUUUCCUUUACUGGGCUACCAGCUGUUGGGUUGGGUAUUGGUGGAUUUGGCGGAGGUGCAAUUUCGCCUUUUCGUGAAACGUUUGAAGGUGGAAAUGAUGCAUAUGGCGGAAUGAUGUUGGAUGGGGAAGAUGACAAGAAGCGGGAGUCCAACAGUACAAUUAUGCAGUUCACGAGAUUGAAUAAACCAAUCAGUCUUCGUUCUGGUUCAUCGCCUAUUAAGGAACCAGGAGGUGCAUUAAUGAGAAGGGAAUCAACUAUUGGCGCCGAUUCUGAGAGUGGAUUGGAAGACAGCUUGCACCCGCAAUUCCCCGACCCUCCAAAGCGAAACAGUCAAUUAUCCAGACUUGGCGUACCAGAACAGGGUCAAGGACAAUUAUCACCUUCAAUGAGUACGACUACCGGCUUGAUUGAUUCUUACCAACAAAGGUAUUCAUUCGAACAAAGACCGCAAAUGAGAGAAAGUGGAUCAGGCAGUCUACUCAAUUCAAUCGGCGACCUUGAUCUGAGCAUUGAAACAGGUAAUUUGUCAAGAAAUGCUAUUCAUACACGAUCGAUUCGUCAUGCGCCUUCAUUACCUUCAAUUUUCAAUUCCGUUUCAGACGGAAGUAGUGCAGUAAACAGCAACAGUGGCGGCGGAGGAUUAUUUGGGCGUAUCAAUAACGGAACCGGAGUUGAAGUAGUACCUUCAUUCUUACAAAAUAACAAACAAUCAAUUUCACAUCGGAGUAGACAAAAUAGAGCCGCUUCUUUUUCUGCUUCUUCCGUAAUGACGCAUGAAUCAGUUUUUGCAGAAUUACGAAAUGCACGAGACCUUGUGUUUGUUGAUCAAAAUGAUUUGUAUUCGUUUGAACAACUUGAACGUGAACGACUUGAUUUCUUACGAUGGAAAGAAGAUCAAGAACGAAUGAUCUUGGCCAAAGAAAAACAACGUGAACGACAAAGAAGGUUGAUGGAUGAAGCAAAACGUGAAAAAGUGAUGAAGAAAUUACAAAUCGAACAAGGUCUUUCUGAUCAAAUUGUCACACCGACAAUGGACGAUGAGAAAGAUACCAAGAUACGAGAAACAGAUGUGAAGCAACCCACAAAAGUGAUCCGACCAACAAAGAGUAAAUCAACCAUUAGCACCAAUUCGCAAUCAGAUGAAUACAAAAAUGAAUCAAAGUCAGGUGCUUCGACGAAAGCGCGGUCCAAGCGUUCAUUCACCACCGGCACGCGAUCUACCCAAUCACCUCUUCAUCCGCCUCCUCUACUUCCUUUACCCAAAAGUCCAUCCGAACCACUAUCAAAAAUACAAAAGAAGAAAACUUCAGAAACAAGUUCGGAUGACAUUGCGGCAAUAUUUGCAAGACAUUCAAAAGCGCAAAGUGAUGAAGUGAAAGAUGGAGUUGAAAGUUUAAAGAAAUCAAUUCAAGAUCUUAGAAACAUGACAAGUGGAACCGAUAAUGAUUCAAGUGUUCGAUCAUCACGCGAUAGAAUAUCUCGACAACAAACAUCACCACCUUUAGCAGGCAAUGUGAAAGCGGCAAUCGAGCGAGAGAUGCGCAGACCGGUGAUCACGUUGGAAGGACAUGUUCGACCGCGCGUUCGACAAAUGCGAGCACAUUCGUAUGGCGAACAAGGUCAACCGGCAGUCAAUGCAUUACAACCCAGCCUUUCAGCUGACGGUCGAAGUAAUGAUGUGACAAAAUCACCUUUGAUCAAAUCAAUGAUGGAAGCACAACAAAAAGCCCAACUUUCAGGCCAGAGUAGUCAUAGUCAUCGCGAUUCAGAUUAUUCGGAUGCAUUUACCGACAAAGCGGCAGAUAUGGGCGUGUCAAGUACUACGCCACUCUCACCUGCUGUAAUCAAGGUCGUGGAUCCGGAUGGCAAGCAAGUUGGUUCAGGAUGGGCAUUAUCCGAAGUGAAGGGAAUGCAAGUUGGCAGUCCGGUAGACAAAGAACUACCCGUCUUACCACCAUCGUCAAAAAGAAGAUCAUCAGGAUCACCUACACCCUCACUUUUGCAUUUAUCCGAAAUGGUUGGCUUUGCGAUCGAUUAUACAGAGGAAGAGAAGAAGUCACUUUCGGAGAAAUUCUCAAGCAGACGAGGAACGCUUUCUGACGCUUCAGAUGUUGAUGUCGCUGCAACACACGAUGCUGAGCAACAACGAGCUCCUAUCGCUUCUGGUCUUUCCAGAGCAUCAUCUGUUGAAAGGUUUGAUGAAUUAGUAGAAAUGAUCGAAAGUUCGCGUGCGCUAGACCAUGGAUCUGAUAAUCGACACAGAGCAAAUUUCUCUACUGUGACAUCAAAUUCUCUACCAAGUGUGUCAAGCAGCAGAAAUUAUGAAACAGCAGAUACAGCGCUCACCAAGACGAGUAGUACGACUUUGAUUGAUCAAAUUUUCCGUUCAAAAUUUAAUGAACCACCGCAACGAAAAGAAGUAAUUGAGCUAAAGGAGAGCGAUGGAAUGACAAACGAUCAGCUCAAUGCAAUUCUUGCUAGACAGAAUCAAUUGGACAAUCUUUUAUCGGACCUUCAACGUAAACGAACGAUCACCAAAGAAGUCGAAGCAGCAGCACGAGCACGAUGGGCACGUCAACAAGUCGAGAGACAAAAGCUAGGCGCAUAUGAGCGUAGCUUGUUGGAAUCAGAAGAGCGUUCAAGGAGAGCAAGAACGGAUAAUAUGUCGUUGCAAGAAGAGGAAAAGCAACGUCAAUUAGAGGAUGAACAUGCAGAAGUUGAAAAGCGCAUUAUGGAAGAAGAGGAACGGAGAAAGAUCCUUGUUCGUCAAAAAGAGAUCCGUAAUGAGAAACUUCGAAUGGCAAAAGAGAUGCAAUUAAAACUUCAUCAAGAAAUCAAAGGCCUACAACAAUCACGUCAACAACGAAGAUUGCAAAUACAACAAGAGAUGAAGCAAAAGAUGCAUUCGAAAGAUUGUUUGCUCAAUGGUUCGCUUACCAUUCAAUUCGGUUCAGGUCAACGAUUUCGUAGAGCACUCUUUGAGCUGUACAACGAUCGCUUAAGUCUCUACGACGAAUCGAAGGAUGAACAGAGCAAAAAGUUGAUCGAAACGAUCAAAGUUAUGAAAGGAUCGAUUGUCAAAUUAUCAGAAGCAUUCGAAGAGGUACAAGUCCCGCAUGCUUUCUCUAUCCAUUUAUCAACAGAUACCCAAUUUGGGCUAUUGAGUUCUAUGAAAGAGCCAAUCAUUGCCUACACAGAUGACGAAUCAUCCAAAGAACAGCUCAUGGCAGGUUUAUCAGUCUUGUCAGGCCUGGACUCAAACAUCUUCUUAAUUACGGUUCGGUGUACUUCGGAGCACGGUAGUGGCAAACAAAGUAGUCCUAGUCCACAGGGAUCUGAACCAUCGCAAGUGAAACAGCGGAUUCCAGAUUUGAAUUUACCAGCAGAGAAUAAUAGUUACUAUUCAAAAGACCAACGUGCCAUUCGGAUGGGUAAAAGAAUUUUUAAGCUUGAGAAAGAAAAGUUUGCAAAUUUAGACGAAGCAAUUCUUAAGGCCAGAGAAAAAAUAACUGAAAGUAGACGUCGAUACAGUCAAGAUGCAAGAACAAGAAAAAAGUCACUCGGAAUCAAGACGAAGGAUUAUCACGAAAUAGGUUACCAUAAGGCCAAUAGUCGGUUUAGAAGACAAGUAGAUGCCAUUUUGAAAGAUGAAACUAAUCCAAUCAAAGAUCGGGGAGAGGCAAAGCAAUUUGCUAAGCAAUUCAUGAAACCAGGUGAAACUUUCGAUUUGUUUAUUCGGGUCUUUUGCGUCUGCAUGCAAACCUUGAAAAGUGAAUUCAAUAAAGUGAGCUUGAACUUCAAGUACAUCCAACAUCUCCUAAUGCUACUUAUGAUUUUUAUUGCCGUCGUGAUUUUAUUUUACCAUACUUCUCUGGCAGUUAGGCUUAAACUAGAUGGCACAAGCCAAGAUGGUGUUGUGCCUGAGCAUUCCUAUCAGAUACCGACUAGGCAAAGAACUCCAAAUAUACAUCGACCUUCGUCUAAGUAUAGUGCGCAGCAAAUUCCAACGAGAAGGAGAACUCCAAAUCUGACAAGACCAUCAUCGAAGAACAAUGCUCCUUCGGAAAUGAAGGUCGAACUGCCAGAACAGGAUCAAACAUCAAAACAGCAAAGUGAAAGUCGAAAAAGGUAUCCUUCAGGUUACUUUUCCCAGGAACAACAUGCAAUACGAUUGGCAAAGUCUCGACAAUUUCUGAAUGCAACAGGCCAUACAAACUUUGAUGAUGCCUUAGCAGCAGCCAAAGAGAAAUUGAAGGAGAAGAAAUCAAGAGAAAAUCGUAAACGAAGACAAAAUCAAAAAGAACUCGGCAUCAAGCCAAAAAAUUAUCAUACGUUUUAUACUAGAACAAAAGAAGUUGAAUGCGAAAGUGUCUUCACCCAAACUGUUGGCUGCCUUUUUUUUCGGGGCUCAAAUGUCGCUUUUCAGGGGAGUCACAGUGAAGAGCAAAGAACACCUAUGGAGAGCAAUACUCCUUCACACAAAAAUCCUUUGCCAGAUCUGAAUUUACCAGGACAAAAAAGCGAUUAUUUAUCCAAUUCAAUAGACUCAAAAGCACGUCGAAUGGGAGCAAAAUUGUUUAAGAAAGGUGAUCUUACCACAUUAGAUCAAGCUAUUUCCAGUUCAAUGAUUUUACUUACUGAAAGAAAGAAGCAAGACAACUUGAAAUAUAGAGAAAAGAAGAAAAUGCUCGGAAUUAAACGAAAAAAUUGUCGUAAACCUGGAUAUAAUUUACAAAUCAGUCGUAUCAAUCGAAAGGCAAAAAGAAUAUUGGAGGAAGAGAAUGGGAUUACUGAUCCUGCAAUCGCCACUCAGAUGGCAGAAGCAAUCUUUAAGGAGCGAGGUAAACGAUAUUAUGAAAACAGGGCAAUGAAGAAGAAGAUCAAAAGAGAAGAGACCCUUAAAGCUUCUGAACCUAAAUAA